GAUUAUGUCAAAUCUUAAUAUUUAUAUAUAUCUAACAAGUAGUGCAGCCAGCUGCAAAAUGUUGCCGUAAUGAUUUGUUUUGUUGAAAAAUACAGAGAUCAUAAUUGUUUGGGAAAACAGUAGAAACAGGGACUUAACCAUUUAGUUGGCCAAUUCAAUUCCUCCACAUUUCCUUUCUAUCAACCAAUCCAAUCCUUUCUGCAUUUGGUAUUAGAGCAUCUCACACCCAAAUAUGAAGGCAGAGAGAGACAAAUCCAAGUUCCAAGAUGAGUGAACUGCAGAAAAAGAUCUGGAAGGGGUUUCUCAACGAAACCCAAAAGGAAAACCUGCAGCAUGGAGACCACAUCUAUACGAGGACACGAGCCAAUACCGAAGACCACGGAAUAUAUUUGUAUGAUGAACGCGUGAUCCACUUCAUUCAAGGUCGACGAGGAGCAAGGUCUGACGAUCAUCAUAGGACAUGUACAAAAUGCAGUGACCAUGAUCGAUCAAGUUUUCAUGGUGUGGUCUCCUCCUGCGUAGAUUGUUUCCUUUCUGGUGGAGAUAAUCUCUAUCUCUUUGAAUAUGGUGUUAAUCCAGCUCUUGUCCUCGCCAAAUUCGGAGGAGGUACAACUAUUGCACCUGAUGAUCCAGCUGAAGUUGUGCAGGACCGUGCAUCUAGUUUCCGAAAGAUUAAUAGCAAUGACUCCUGUAGCCACUACCGUUUCAUAAAAAAUGGUAAAGACUUUGCAAUGUAUUGCAAAACAGGCUUGGUAGUGAUAGACAACAUAAUUUUCAGCAGAAGUUGCCCAACUGCAGGAGUUUUCUGGGCUAGUAUUGUCACUGGCUUUCUUUCUCUUCAGCAACUCACAGCUGCUACUGUGGCAGCUACAUGUUUUGUCUUAUACUGCAUUUAUAUAUUUGGUUCUGAUAUCGGAGCCCGUCCUAAUGUUAUUAAAGUGGAUCGAGUAGAGACAUUGCCUGAUGUUGAUGAGAAGUUGUCUUCUGCUGCUUUGGGCUUCCGACCUAUUCAAUCCUUAAUUGACCUGUUCAUAGUAUUGCUGAUGACUCAUUUCAAUAUUCAGUGGCUAUUAAGAGUAGUAAUGCGGUCUGAGACUCUUCAACUGCGGUCUGAGACUCCUCGAGGCGUCUGGAUUCUAGCAUGGAUCAUAUAUUACUACUCAGCAAUAUUACAAAGAAGAUUGUUUUCAAACAAGAUCCAUAAAAGGCAGCUGAAGCGUGGAGAUCAUAUCUACACAUGGAGGCACGAAUCCUGGAGUAUCUAUGCCCAUCAUGGAAUAUAUUUGGAUGAUGAACACGUGAUCCACUUCGCUCAAGGUCGACGAGGAUCAGGGUUAGAUGAUCAUCAUAGUAGAUGUCCAAAAUGCAGUGACCAUGAUCAACCAAGUUUUCAUGGUGUGGUCUCUUCCUACAUAGAUUGUUUCCUUUCUGGUGGAGAUCUCUAUCUCUUUGAAUAUGGUGUUAAUCCAGCUCUCGUCCUCGCCAGACUCGGAGUAGGUAAAACUAUUGCACCUGCUGAUCCAGCUAAAGUUGUGCAGAACCGUGCAUCUAGCUUCCUACUGAUUAAUAGCAAUGACUCCUCUAGCUACUACCGUUUCAUAAAAAAUGCUACAUGUGUUGGCUCAUGCUGUACUUAUAUAUUUGGUUCUGAUAUUGGAGCCCGUCCUAAUGUCAUUAAAGUGGAUCGAGUAGAGACAUUGCCUGAUGUUGAUGAGAAGUUGUCUUCUGCUGCUUCGGGCUUCCGACCUAUUCAAUCCUUAAUUGACCUGUUCAUAGUAUUGCUGAUGACUCAUUUCAAUAUUCAGUGGCUAUUAAGAGUAGUAAUGCGGUCUGAGACUCUUCAACUGCGGUCUGAGACUCCUCGAGGCGUCUGGAUUCUAGCAUGGAUCAUAUAUUACUACUCAGCAAUAUUACAAAGAAGAUUGUUUUCGAACAAGAUCCAUAAAAAGCAGCUGAAGCGUGGAGAUCAUAUCUACACAUGGAGGCGCGAAUCCUGGAGUAUCUAUGCCCAUCAUGGCAUAUAUGUCGGUUACGGGAAAGUGAUCCACCUCAUUCGUGGAGGAGACUAUAUUUUACCGAGCUCAGCUUCAUCAGACAUUUGCACAAAGACUAGCUCCUCCACCGCCAGUAAUCAAGAAAAGAAAACUCGUGUGGAAUGUUGCAGCCUAGAUAGUUUUCUUGAUGGUGGUGAACUCUAUCUCUACAAAUAUGGUGUUAGUCUUGCUUUCUUUACCGGCAAACCUCGAGGUGGUACUUGUAUCCUUGGCUCUACUGAUCCGCCUGAAACUGUCGUGUACCGUAUCCGCCGGGAGCUGAACAAUGUUUCUGGAGCUGGUGCCUACAACCUUUUAAACCGCAACUGUGAGGACUUUGCAAUAUAUUGCAAAACAGGGUUGCCUUCGAGACAAGGAAUUUUUAACCUUGGCAGGAAUGGGCAGAUAGCAUCUUACUUUGGUGCGUUUUUUGCUAUCAUCUUUUUCACAUUUGCAUUCGUGACUAGCAAUCCUAUUGAUGUGGCAGCUACGGUUUAUUUCAUCCACUCUUGUUUUAGAGCUGCUCUUGAUGCUACACAUUGUGGUAAAGCUUAUAAAGUUCGACUUAAGACAUUGCCAUCUUGGAUACGUCGUGGUCGUUUUCCGGUAAUGCCUCAAUUCAUGUCUUUUGGCAGAGACAACAUUUUGAGACUCUGAAAGAAAAUCAAAGCAAGUAAAAUCGUGGAUUAAUUUAUGAUUUAAGUAAGGAUUUAUAUGGGGUUAUUGAUUGAGUUUUAUUUUUAAUGAAUGAUAUUUGCUGUUUUGGAAGUUAAAACAUAUAAACUUAAAAAUUUUGUAGUGAUAUAGUUUGCAGGUAU